AGCGCGGCGUUUAAGAAGGAAGUCGUCAAAGCGUUCAAUUGGAACGCUAAUAGCGGUCGGUGCGGACAAAGAAGCGCAUGGUGCGCGGUACUUGGUCAACGCGAUCAGCACUUGCGUCAGAAUGCCUGAGCUGAUUGCCUUCAAUUCGCCGGAGACGGUCGUGGUGGCCAGUGAAAAUGAUCUUCGAAAGCAGCGACCCCUGAAGAAGAAAACCAGUACCCUAAACACGGUGUUCUUUUAUCUCGGUCUGGAGCAACGGUCUGGCGAAGAUGCCAAUCUGUGCUACAGAAUGCUCAUUCUCGCUGCGUUAUUGGUAGUGUUCUUCAUUAGUGCCAUUGGGUUCUUCGUUAUGUGGUUCACAGAAAUGUACAAUAACUCCUUACUAGAGAAAUUAAUACUUACUCCAAACUCAACGGCGGCCGAAUGGUGGGCCACACCGCCAGUCUUUCCCUUGCUGAAGGUGCACGUUUUCAACUACACCAAUGUAGAAGAAUAUUUUGCCGGUGAAGACAUGAAGUUGCGAGUGGAAGACUUAGGUCCAUACGUUUACAAAGAGACGGCGGAGAAGAUCAACGUAAUACACAACGCUGACGGCACAAUUUCAUACCGCGAGCAUCGACACAUACAGUUCCUGCCCGGGGAAUCCAGCGGAAAUCCAUUCGAUCAUGUGAUUGUGCCAAACGUGGUGAUGCUUACCGCGGACAUGAAGAUGCUCCAUGAGAACACUUUUACCAAAAUUUCCUACAAUCUAAUGAAAGCUUCGACAAGCUCAACUGCUUUUAUGAAGCAGCCAGUUGAAUCGUUUUUGUGGGGCUAUGAGGACAAGCUGCUAAACAUGAUCAAAACCGUCACGAUGUUCAGUAACGAUAUUCAGAUGUCCCGGUUCGGAAUGCUCAUGACGCGAAACGGUACCAGUGCCGAAAACUUUACCAUCUACUCCGGCGAAUCCAGCUUGUGGCAUUUGGCGCUCAUCAAAGAGUUGGACGGAAACGCCCGGCUAAACCAGUGGCACACGGACGAAUGCGACCUCGUGGGGGGUACCGAUGGAUCCCAGUUUCCGCCCCACCUGAUGGAUCGGUACCAGCACCUGCAGGUGUUCAUCAAAUCACUCUGCCGUAAGUUUCCGCUCGUGUACGACAGUGAGGUGGCGGCGCUGGACGGCAUACCUGCUUGGCGGUACAAGAUCCCCAGGACCGUGUUUCUGCACCCAAGAGAUCACGCCCCCAAUCAGUGCUACUGUAUGGCCGAAUCGAGCAACUGCGCUCCGAGCGGUGUGUUCAACAUCACCGGAUGUUCCCUCGGGGCUCCGAUAUUCGCCUCGUUCCCCCACUUCUACACCGGCGAUCAGGAACUGGUCCACGCGAUCGACGGGAUUGAGCCGGUCCAAGAGAAGCACGAAACGUACGCGGACAUCCAUCCGCGGUUGGCCUUCCCCAUUGGAGGGGCAUCUCGGUUUCAGAUCAAUAUUCGUGUGCAGAGAGGAUUGGACAAAUUCACAGAGGAACUCUACUUGCCCAUUAUCUGGCUCGAAGUGGUGCCGGGGGAAAUAUCGGACGAGUUGCGGGCCAUGAUCUAUCACAGCACGUACAGUGCGAACGCAAUCCAGAUGUCGUUGCGGAUCGGCAGUCUAGUGAUCUUUGUGCUCUCGUUCGUGCUGAUCGCUGCGAAAUGCUAUUGCGGGCGGCGAAAACCUGAAAAACACUAAAUCUUCAGACUCUCUCACGCAGAGCAAUUACACGACACGGUCUGGAAGAAUCAGGGGGUUACUAGGUGGGCCACUUCCAAUCAUCAAUACUCAUGCGACGCCCAGUAGGAGGCGGAAUAGAAGGUUGGCGCCUGUACAGAGUGAAGUAAGGCUUGAUUUUGGCCGAUUUAGGGCAAGAACAUCGACAGCGAGGUCGAGCGGCACGCAGCUACAGAUUGUUAGGUUUUAUGAAGGCAAUCGAUGAGAAUAUCUCCUCUCGGCUACUCCACCCCCCCAACGCCAAGCAGCACGCAUUUAGCAGAUAGCAGAAAGGUAGGAAAUAAGAAUAAAUAGCGCUAACAUAGCCUGCAUCACUACGCAAAUGCUCCCGACGUCUUCGUUUGCUAAUCGCAAUAGUGCGUGAUCGACGAUAAGCCCGUUCGAGAAUGUGCGAAGGCGAUUGCAGGCGGGGUGCACGGUGCAGGCGGAAUGCAUGUAUGGGCAGUGUUACGUAUUACCUCCGCUAAUUUUACCGUUGAGAACCGUUCAGCAGCACGGUCCGAUAGUAGAUAAUUAUAAUGGCUAAGCCGUUCGCCACGUGUCUGACGUACUUCAACACAAUAAACGCUGUGUGGAUUCUGCUGUGUACU